AUGGGGUUUCCACUUCUUGUUCUUGAGCAAAUUCUCUUUGCUGUUCUUCUUGCUGCACAGUCGAACAAGCUUGUCAUGGCUCAAGAUGAUCUUAAUGGCCUGAAGGCCACUUUCAAUGACCCUUUUCUGAAUGAUAACUGGAUUGGUUUUCCCUGCAAUGAGACUGAAACGUCAAGAUGGUUUGGGAUUCAGUGUACCGAUGGUCGAGUCAUCGGUAUAGUUCUGGAAGGUAUGGGGCUAACCGGGAAAGUUGAUGUCAAAUCAUUCUUCAGCCUUACAGAGUUGUCUAUUCUGAGCUUCAAGAACAAUUCCUUGAAGGGAAAUGUGAUGGAUUUCUCCAACAAUCAUCAGUUGAUGUACAUUGACCUGUCAGGCAAUGAGUUUGAAGGGUCAAUACCAAGAUCUCUUCUGAAUCUUAGCCUCUUGGAAACGUUGUUACUGCAAGAUAAUAAGCUCACAGGUCCAAUUCCAGAGUUCAAUCAACCAAGUUUGAAGAUGAUCAAUGUGUCAGGCAAUGAUCUUCAUGGCAGAAUCAGAAUAACCCAGACUUUUCGAUCAUUGGGGCCUAAUUCAUUUUCUGGCAACCCCAGAUCAUGUGGUCCUCCUCUCAAUUCCUUGAGCUCUAGCUUGAAAUCUUCCAUUCCAGGACCAGCAAAUGACUCCGAAAACGAUGAGGCCCAGAACCAGGAUGGAUCUUCAAAUAAAGAUAACACAUCCACUAUCCUAAUCAUUGUCAAUGUGGUGCUUCUGUUUGCAAUAAUCUUUUUAGCUUUUCUUUACUAUAAGACAGUCAAGAAGCUCAACAAAAUUAUGAAGCAGCAGAUUCCCAUUAAUAAAGAUGUGGCGGAGAGCACUGUUGAUAAGGUCGAAAUGAGAGAUCGUCACAGUCCAGCAGUGAUGGCAGUGGAAGAGAAGAAGGAGCUUAUAUUCUUUACGGAUGAACCAAAGUUUCAAAUGAAUGAGCUCUUGAAAGCUUCUGCAGAGGCACUGGGUCAGGGAAUCAUGGGGAACAGUUACAAGGCGAUGCUGAAUGGAGGAGCUUCCAUUGUGGUGAAGAGGCUGAGGGACUUGAAGCCAAUGACAAGAGAGGACUAUGCAAAGCAAUUGCAUGGAAUUGCUGAUCUGAAGCACCCAAAUUUGUUGCCUUUGCUUGCUUACUACAAUUCCAGAGAUGAGAGGUUGCUGCUCUAUAGAUAUGCUGAGAGGGGAAAUCUUUUCUUCAGGCUUCACGGAAACAGAACUGGAAACCGGAUUCCAUUCUCAUGGAGCUCAAGAUUAUCAGUGGCAAAAGGGGUUGCCCGAGGAUUAACUUACCUUCAUCUCAAUGCCAAGCCCAACAACACCAUGGCUCCCCAUGGAAACUUGAAGUCCUCAAAUGUCCUGCUAGAUGAAAACGACACCGUUCUCGUCUCUGACUACGGACUUUCCUCCCUCGUAGCACAACCCAUCGCAGCUCAACGCAUGGUAGUUUACAAAUCACCCGAAUAUGGGUACGCAAGAAAAGUAUCAAAGCAAUCUGACGUCUGGAGCUAUGGAAGCCUUCUCACAGAACUUUUAACAGGCAGGUUAUCUGUGUGUUCUGCCCCACCUGGGAUUAACGGGUCGGAUCUCUGUAGCUGGGUCCACAGAGCGGUGAGGGAAGAAUGGACGGCGGAGAUAUUCGACAAGGAAAUUUCUGUGCAGAGAAGUGCUCUUCCUGGGAUGCUGAGAUUGCUUCAGAUCGCGAUGCGUUGCACCGAUAGGUUCCCUGAGAAUCGGCCAGAUAUGAGAGAGGUGGUGAGAGAAGUGGAGAAGAUUGAAGCUCCAUUGAUGUCGGAAGAUGAAGAAGAUGUAUCUGGGGAUAGGUCUAUCACAGAUGAUUCUCUCUACUCAACCAGUACUGCCUCAGGGAUUCUUGGAGAUGACAGGUAGAAGCUCAAGCGUGGGACCGUAAUCACACAUUGUUUUUUUCCUUUUCAACAUAAAGAUGAGAUUGUAAAUGUUAUCAUGAUUCAGAGUAAAAUAAACAUGUUGAUGCAUCAA